AUGGCACUGCGCACCGGGAGGACUUGGUUUGGGCAGGUCUUGCGCAGGGUCUCUCGGCUGCAAGGCUCCUGGUCCAGGCGAUCGAGCAGUCUCUUGUGUCUCUCCGCGAACCAGGAACAGGAUCUUGGGGUCUGUCACCGGGAUCACCACAAGGCGGGGGACUUCCACCGCUGCUCCGUCUCCGGCGUCCACCGCGGCCACCGUCACCACCGGAGCGCACCUUUCUGCGCCUCCGCCUCCAGGCGCUGUCCACACGGCUUCCCUCACGCUUGCUGCGCCUUCCCGGGGAAUCCGAGGGGACAUGAGCCCCUCGGUCGCCGGUUCCUGUUGGCCAUGAAGCGGCAAAACGUGCGGACCUUGUCCCUGAUCAUUUGCACGUUUACAUACCUGCUCGUCGGGGCCGCCGUCUUUGACGCCCUGGAGUCCGACUUCGAGAUGCGGGAAAAGGAGCAGCUGGAAGCGGAGGAGAAGCGUCUCCAGGGGAAAUAUAACAUCAGCGAGGAUGAUUACCGCAAACUGGAGACCAUCAUCAUGGAGGCAGAGCCCCACAGAGCCGGGGUGCAGUGGAAAUUUGCAGGGUCAUUUUACUUUGCCAUCACGGUUAUAACCACCAUAGGCUACGGGCAUGCAGCGCCGGGGACCGACGCAGGGAAGGCCUUUUGCAUGUUUUAUGCCGUCCUGGGAAUCCCUUUGACUCUUGUCAUGUUCCAAAGCCUCGGCGAGAGGAUGAACACUUUUGUCAAGUACCUCCUGAAGCGCAUCAAGAAGUGCUGCGGCAUGAGCAUCACCGACGUGUCCAUGGAGAACAUGGUGACCGUGGGAUUCUUCUCUUGCAUCGGCACGCUGUGCAUCGGGGCCGCCGCUUUUUCCCAUUAUGAGGACUGGAGCUUCUUCCAGUCGUACUAUUACUGCUUCAUCACAUUAACAACUAUAGGCUUUGGGGACUUUGUGGCCCUCCAAAAGAACCGGGCCCUCCAGAAGAAGCCCCUGUACGUGGCCUUUAGCUUCAUGUAUAUCCUGGUGGGCCUGACGGUCAUCGGGGCCUUCCUCAACCUGGUGGUGCUCCGCUUCCUGACAAUGAACAGCGAGGACGAGCGGCGGGACGCGGAGGAACGGGCCUCGCUCGCCGGCAACCGGAACAGCAUGAUCAUCCACAUCCAGGACGAGUCGCUGCAGCGUAGUCGGCGGCGACGUGAGCCGUACAGGGCAGAGGUGACUGAUUUGCAGUCGGUCUGCUCCUGUAUGCACUACCACUCGCAUGACUUCAGCAGCUCUGGGGGAGGGAUGGGGGGCCUGGGCUGUGCCUUCUCCCAUCAGAACUCAUUCAGCUCGCAGCUGAACCCCAAUCAGUACUUUCACUCGGUUUCCUACAGGAUCGAGGAGAUCUCGCCCAGCACCUUGAAAAACAGCUUCUUCCCUUCGCCCAUCAGCUCGGUGUCUCCGGGCCUUCACAGCUUCACAGAAAAUCACCAGCUCAUGAGGAGAAGGAAAUCUAUCUAA